AUGUUCCGCUCACCCAGCAUCCGCCCGCAACUCUGCCUACGAGGUAGCAUCCGACACAACUCUACAGCUCCUGUAACACCCCCUUUACUGCUGAAAAUAAAAUCAGACCUCAAGGAUGCCAUGAGAGCAAAGGAUACCUCAAGGCUCAAUGUCCUCCGCGCACUAAUAUCAGAAACAACCAAUGCCUCCAAAACAUCCUCCCCCAUAAAAACUGACUUGCAACUUCUAAUCCUAAUGCGCAAGCGCGCCGCCGCCCUCAAGGAUGCGAAAAGCGAAUACAACCAGGCAGGCCGGGCGGACCUGAGCGACAAUGCAGACAAAGAAAUCCAAGUCCUGGACGGCUAUGCGAGCCAGGUAGAAACUACGAGUGCUGAGGAGAUCCAAUCCGCCGUCUCGAAGGCCAUUGCAGAGCUGCAGAGCACCGGGAAAAAGGUUGUGGUGGGAUCUGUUAUCAAGGCACUUGUCGGUCGAGGGGGUUUGCUGGAGGGGAAACCAGUUGAAACUGCGCAGAUCAUCGGGAUCGCGAACGAAUUUAUACCCAAGAAGUAA